AAAGGCAGUUAAUUUAUCAGUAAAAAUAGUCACAACAUGUUAAAUUAUUUGCGAAAAUUAACUUGCAGAACACUUCCAUUUGUUGUAUUGCUUCUUUUUACCUUGGCAAUAUUACUGAAUACGAAUUUUCAAAAUUUUGGUUAUAAAGCAAGGAGAACAUUUAUUAAAAAAGAUCUACAAAAACUUAUAGCGAAAGAAAGUGAUAAGAGACCACCAGUAGAAACCACAAAAAAAGAAGAAGAAUAUCAAACAUAUAUAUUAAAGACAAGCAAUAAAAAAAAGUUACAAAAGACAGGGAACAAAACACAGAAAAGAAAAGAGUCUGUAAAAAAUACUACAGCAAACAACCAAGAAAGUAAGGAUUUAAAAACUAUCCUUUUAUAUACACCUUGUUUUGGUGAAAAACCAUGGUUCGGAUUGUACGAAAACUAUUUCAACGAGCAAAUCAUAAAAGAAAAAUGUAGAGUGAAGCAAUGCCGAGUUACAUACGACAUAAAUCUUUAUUCAAAAUCGGAUGUUGUUGUUUUUCAUGGAAAAGACACACAAGAACUACUUAAAUAUCUUAACAUUUUUAGCCAAAAACCGAAAAAUCAAAUAUGGGCAUGGUUAAGUGGUGAAACACCUCUUUCAUCACCAUAUCGUCAUUUAGAGAAAAUAAAAAAAGUCACCGACAAUUUUUUUAAUAUGAUUAUAACUUACAAGCUCAACUCAGAAAUUCCAAUACCGUAUGGUAAAUACAAAAUACAUGAUACAAAGGAAAAAAGACCUGAGCUAUUAAAAAAUUUUGCAGAAGGAAAAACUAAAAUGGUAGCUUGGAUGGUGGGAAACUGCGUGCCAUACACAAGACACAAAAUUGCACAAGAUUUAGUCAAGGAAGGCAUAACUAUAGAUAUUGCAGGUAUUUGUGAGAGCAUGUACAGUGGAUUUGGAUCUAUGGGCUGCAUUGGUUCUAACUGUAGCAAAGUGCUAUCAAAGUACAAGUUUUAUUUUGCAGCUGAAAAUAUUGUGUGCAAGGAUUACGUCACUGAAAAAUAUUGGAGACACCCACUGCAACACAACAUGGUACCUAUCGUGUUGGCAGCCAACGACAAUGUUAUGAUCCCUGGUUCAUAUAUAAGCAUUGAUCAAUUUAGUUCAAUGGCAGAAUUAGCAAAAUUUUUAACCAUACUUGACAACAGAGAUGAUCUAUACAACAGAUAUUUCCAGUGGAAAUUCAAAUAUAGCAGUGUGAUGCUAACAGAAGGGUUUCCAUUUCCAGAAAUUUUUGUUUGUCAACUAUGCAACAUCACUAAUACAAAAAACUACAAACGAAAAACAUUAAAAAUGUCACAAGUAUGGAAUGCAGGCACAGAAUGCGAUUCAAACAACAGAAAUUCUAGUUACAUUGAAGACAAUUUAACUUUUAAAAAUAGAAGCUUACUAAGUAUUAUACCAAAAUUAUGAAACAAAAUGAUGUUGAAAAUAACCAUAAAUCUUCAACUUUCUUAUGUAUUUCAAAAAUGAUUUUCAUAAAUUAGUCAAUGUAGAUCAUACACAUCAACAAUAUAUGUAUACAUUAACAAGACAUGUAAACAGUUAUGUUUAUUACGAUUAAAUGAGAUAACAUUGUCAAGCAAUUUUGUAACCCUGUUAUUAAUCAAACUACACAUCGUCUCUCUGCAUCAAUUAACCAUUGAACUUUAUAAUAUUUUAAAGAUCAAAACAUGAUAAUAAUUAAACUCAUCAACUGAUAACACUUGAACUGCCUAUUAAACUCCUUAUAAUGGUAAUCUAAUAUGGUAAAUAACUUAAUCUAAAUUAUAUCUCAGGAGACAACAAAUGGACAGAGUAUCCUUUGUUCUUUUAACAAACACGAUGUUAUGAUAUAAUUCAAAAUUUUUAAAGUUUUAUAUGGGUAAGCUAAGAUGUAGUUUAUCACAUUUCAAUUACUUAACACAAAACAUUGCACUUCUAAAAUUCCACAUUUUUGAAGGUCAACAUAAAAAAAAACAGUUACGUGUAAAAUUAUUGCACAGAAAAACAGAAUUUGCAUUUUUAUUCUUGUAUAGACAAGAUUGUGUUCACACUAAUCCUUGCAAAAUCUUUUUUAGACUUUAGAAUAAAAUAUAACAUUUUUCUAAGCAGCGUAAAUGAGUUGGUGGAGGGGACAAUAUCAUGACUAAGGAGGCCAAAUCAAUUCUGUGGCUGCCUUUUAAAAUAUUUUAAAAAAAUCCGAGAUUGGCAAAAUGCUACUCAUUUUCUAAUGUUUUACUGUGUACUGUGUAUCAUCCCUUAAACCAGUUUUAUCAGCCUUGUUAAGAUUUCUAAGAUCGCGUUUCAUGAUUUCAGAACAAAGCAUAGCUUUGUUUAAGCUUCAUAUAAUCACGUCUUGAUAACUAUAAAUAUAUAUAAACAAUAACUAAAAAACACAGCUUUCUACAAUCACGUCGACUUCUGGAAUAAAAAGUCUUUUUGGUACAUUUAACACAAAAUUCACAUGAAAAUUUGUAAGACAAUUUAUAUUGACAAAAAUUAAUUUAUAAUUCGUAAAAUGUAAUUUCAUAAAAUUUCAUAAAAAAUGUGAUUUAUUUGUACAACAAUUUAUAUUGACAAAAAUUAAUUUAUAAUUCGUAGAACGUAAUUUCAUAA